UGUAAAUAUAACACGGUUAAACAAUAUUAUUGAAAAAAUGGCAACUCCGUUAGUUGAUGUUUAUGUGAAAUUACCGACAGGUCGUACUUCAGUUUUGAAAUUAUUACCCACUGAACAAGUAAAAAGAAUUAAUGAACAGAUUGCAAACGAAGAAGAAAUUAUCCCCGGGAGAGUAAGAGUGAAGUACCAAGGAAAAUUCCUUGAUAAAUCUAAAACAAUCGGAUUUCUAGGAAUUCGUCCAGAAACUAUAUUAAAAGCAGAGUUCGUAAUUCCUAGAGAUAUCAAAGUUUAUGCUAAAGUAGUUGGAGGAGGUUCAGCUCCUGUGGAUAUACAGAACAUUAGUACAUUAGAGGAUUUGAAAUCUUCUGUUGAACGCCUAGACUUAGUUUCUCCAAAAAAAGUGAAAUCAUUCAAAAGCUCCGGAACAUUUUAUCGUCCAUGUAACACACCACUAUAUGAAACAAGUAUUAAAGAGGAAAGUGUUAUAGAAGUAACUAUCUGCGACAAAACAGACGACAGAACAGAAGCAGAACCAGCUCAAGAUACAGAUCACAAAGCUAUUGAUGGUGAUUUAAAAGAUGCCGUCCUCUCAAGUUUCGAGACGAAUGGAAAGAAUGUUGAAGUAGUGUUCUCCUUUGACACAACUGGCAGUAUGAGUCAGUAUCUUGGGAGUGUGAGGACAAAAUUAAAAGAAACUUGUCAACGACUUGUAAGAGACAUACCAAAUAUAAAAAUUGGAAUUAUGGCUCACGGUGAUUAUUGUGAUUAUAAUAACUACGUCAUUAAGAUUCAGGACCUGACAUCAGACGUUCAACAGCUGGUAGAUUUUGCUUCCAGUACCCCAUCAACUGGUGGAGGUGAUUCACCAGAGUGUUAUGAGUGGGCAUUACAUAAAGCUCAACAGCUGGACUGGUCAGAAGAUUCUGCCAAGGCUUUGGUUCUUAUUGGAGACUGUGAGCCACACCCACCAUCUUAUACAGAACAGAAAAUCAAUUGGCACACAGAAUUAGAUGUCUUAAAGGGGAUGGGAGUAAAGGUUUAUGGUGUAUUUUGCAAUAGUUCAGAAGGAAACGCCAAGAAGUUUUAUGAAGAGUUAGCAGAUCGUACCGGUGGAUGCCUUCUUAGAUUAGCUAACUUCAAUUUAAUUACAGAAAUGUUUUUGGGAGUGUGUUACAAGGAGUCGAACCAGGAACAGUUAGAAGCAUUCACUGAAGAAUUAAAACUAGAAGGUAAACUAACGGAAGAAACCAAAGAUCUCAUGAAACAACUAGAAGAUACGAAACCAUCAGAAGAAAGUAUAACGGAGGACACUCCCAGUUACCUGAAAAAAUACAACUUUGAUUGGUGGAACUUUGAAAACGACCAUACUAAAACACCACAGUAUAGUUACAACUCUGAAACUGACAAAUGGAAAGAAUCCAACAUUCCUACACAAAUACAAAAGUCGACAUAUUCCCCUGCUUUAACUCCUUCUUCGUCUUCGACAUCAGGCGAAAAAAAUUCGCCAAUUAGUUGCAACUACGUUAGCAAACAUCGACAGAUCUGUCGCAAACGACGUGGAUGUAAUAUAAUGUGAACAAUGUCAGUGUGUCAACUGUAAUAAGGAAAGAGGAUAUUCUAGUUUGAGGACAGUCCUCAUAACGAGCAUGUGUAAUGCUUGGCGGGGCCAGUGUCCUUAUUAACAAGCAUAGUCAGUGUCCUUUGAACCUUUCGAAAUAUAAGCUUUCAGCUGGCAAGACAAAGACUAUCAUGCAUACGUCAAUAUCGACAUGCCACAUAAUAUAACAAAGCAUACAUUUUCAUCGAAGAGGGUCAAUAUGUCAGCUAUAAUUUGAAGAGAGAAAGAGAGAGAAAGAUUUUUAAUUCAUUUUUUGUAACUUCUAAUUAUUGUUCUUAACAAACAAAUAAAGAAAGUAAUAAAAACUAGAGUCAUUGAUUUAGUUUACAUCUGCAAUUUUAGCCAUGUUCUUAUG